UUAAGAGGAGAGUGAUGUCGAGGAGUUAAAGCAUCCAAAUCUCUCCACACCUUCAACUUUAAAAGAAAGUUCAGUAACAAUACCAGAAGGAUGUAGACAAAGCCCCACUUGCUUUCCACAUUUUACCUCGAUCUUGGAGCGCAUGCUAUAUUUCUCUUUAACAGGUGCAAGGAUUUUUAAUUAUGUUUAUUUUGUACCUUUUCGGGAUUUUAAAAUGAGUUAACUUUUAUGUUAAGUAUGUUGAUACGUAUUUCCGUUUAAGCAGAGAUUUUUUAUUUAAAACUAAUUCAGGAAAGUUAUGAAGGCGACAUAAAUAACCAGCUUUUUCUUAUACUAUGGAAGGAUCCAGUGGGUCUAAUUUCGGAAUAGACACGAUUUUGUCCACAUGCAGUUCUGGGAACUCAGUAUUAACGAACGGAGAUUUUCGUCUCAGUGACAAUAACAGAACAUCGGAUUUCAAGAACCAGGUGACAGGGUCACCGUGUUCGGAGAUAUACACUGUGGGAACAGUCCCGUCAUCCCCGAUCUCAGUCACGAUGGAGCAUACCGAACCGCAUCUGGUCGAAGACAGCCUUCAGCAUCACCAUCAUCAUCACAGUCAGGCUCAUAGUUUGCAGCUUUCUUCCCAGCCUCAUCCGCUCGGGCAGGCUGACUGUGCCCCCAGGAUUGUCACCUCUUCCUUUCUAAUCAAAGACAUUUUGGGCGAUAGCAAACCGCUGGCAGCGUGCGCUCCUUACAGCACCAGUGUGCAAUCUGCACAAUACAGCCCCAAAACACAGAGCAGAACCUCCCCGGACGGCAUUAGGCAUAAACUACAGCAAGAUGAAAACAAAAGCAAAAUGGACAAAAGAGAUGACAAUCAGAACGAUUUAAAGUGUAACGGAACAAAAGAAGAGGGCGAUCGGGAAAUGUCCAGUUCCAGAGACAGUCCGUCUGUUCGCUCUAAGAAACCUCGCAAAGCGCGGACGGCCUUCUCCGACCAUCAGCUCAACCAGCUGGAGCGCAGUUUCGAAAGACAGAAAUACCUCAGUGUACAGGACCGAAUGGACCUGGCAGCAGCCCUAAACCUCACAGACACACAAGUCAAGACCUGGUACCAAAAUCGACGGACGAAAUGGAAAAGACAGACGGCUGUCGGAUUGGAACUACUGGCCGAAGCUGGAAAUUAUUCGGCCUUACAGCGAAUGUUCCCGUCCCCGUAUUUUUAUCACCCAACCAUGUUAGGGUCCGUAGACAGCACGACAGCGGCCACCGCUGCCGCUGUAAUGUACAGCAGUAUGUACCGGACUCCGUCAACACCGCAUCUAUCUCUCCAGAGACCGCUCGUCCCUAGAGUGCUCAUUCAUGGCCUAGGGCCAGCGGGACAACCGGCUUUAAACCCCAUAGCAAACCCAAUACCGGGCACACCGCAUCCUCGGUAAAACUUUGAAGGACACUGAGAGACACAUGAUGUGAGGGGCUGCGCUGAGCUUUUUACAAAACGCAUUUUUCUCCAGAAACACUGAGAGAAUUUUAUCUAAAAAAAUAUUGUCCAGUGCUGACUUGUUGGCAAAAUUAAACUAAACCAAACCAAGCCAAACCAAACCAGAAACCAGAUGAGCCUGUGACCGUGACAGUGACAGUAAAAGGACUGUUCAUUUGUCAGAUUGUAUGUUUUGUCUUUUUGGUACAAUUAGUACAUGCGCUUAUAAAGUUUAU